AUGUUCCACAAAAACAUCUCAACUACUCAUCCAUCCAAGAACAAAAGUGGACAUGGCCUCUUCCCCUUACUCCUUCAGCAGUACUGUCAGCAUCUUCGUCUUCCUCCUCUUGGCGGCGGCGCGCUCCUAACAGUCUCGGCCACUCGCGCUGAGGUUACUGCAGCAGCAGCGCCCGUCGACCUGCCGUUGUUUCCUAUAUGCAAGACCGUCAUCGGCGCAGGCAAUCCAUACUUCGACAUCAACUUCUGCCUGGCGGCUCUCAACUCCGACAACGAGAGCCAGUACGCCGAUGACUAUCAGAAGCUCGCCAUCAUCGCCGUCGACCUCCUAACCGCCAACGCCACCAGCACAUCAGCACAGAUCGGUAAUCUGCUCAAGAAACAAGACAACAUAGAAGGUCCCAUGAGGUGGUGCCUGCAGGCGUGCCAGGCGUUGUACGGUAGCAUACUGCAAAUGCAGCCUAGGUGCUCGGAUCUAGUCAAGGAGUUCCGGUACGGCGAGGCGAAAUCUUGCCUGGACCAAGCCGCGAGGGAGGCGGAGCAGUGCGAGGCCGAGUUCGUCAGGAGGCAUGUGGCGUCGCCGCUGACGGUAGAGGACGGCUGCGCGUUCAAGCUGGCCAAGCUUGCAUCAGCUUUGCUCCAACAUGCUGAUGAUUAA